CUCGGCUGCUCUCCUGUCGCUGCUCUCUGGUCUCCAUACAGUUUCGGGCAGACUUGACUCCAGCAGACUUCAGAAAAUCAGAAUGCCUUUCGUCGACAUUCAGAGUAACCUGCCGGCCAGCUCUUUCUCGGAGGACUUCCUGAAGAAGCUGUGCUCCUGCACCGCUGCUGCUCUGGGGAAGCCCGAGGAGAGGAUGCACCUGGUGGUGCAGCCCGGGCUGCCCAUGCUGGUAGCCGGCUCCUGCUCUCCGUGUGUCAUUCUGUCAGUGUCUGCUAUCGGUGUGACCGACACCGCUGACAAGAACAAGGAGCACAGCGCCAAGAUCUUCGAGUUCCUGACCAGAGAGCUCAGUCUGACUGCAGACAGGAUUACCAUUCAGUUCCACGCGCUGCAGCCUCACCAGGUGGGGAAGAAGGGGACCGUCAUGAGCUUCUUGUAAAAGACGUUGCUGUGGUGGAGACGUUACACAAUGUGAUUCAUGAAAGAAGUAAAGACAGCAUAAAUCAGUACGAAACAAACACCAAGUAAAAGAUCUAGACAUUAACACAAAGUAAAAUGCUAUAAACUGUUUUUCAGUUUGAUGGUUGCCAACACUAAGAUCUUCCUAACCUGUUAUCCAGUCAAUUUAGUUUAGGAUUAACCUUUUUUUUUACUCUGUUGAUGGGAUUGACAAUUUCACGAGUAAUGCAUUACCUAUAAAAAGUUUGUAUCCCUCUAUUACCCAGAGCAGGUUAGUUUGAAUAGUGGCAUUUUAUUUGAAACACAAUAAACAAACAUUCUUAAUCUUUGAA